GGCCGAGCAUGCGCUGUGCAAACGCGCCAAGCUUUGUUGAGAUCGUCGGAUUGUUUUGGAAUGUCCAUUGCAUACAACUAACAUACUCCACGCAUAAUGGUGGAAAAGAAGGAUGACUCGAAUGAUGCGACAGUUCCCAAUGACUUGUUUAAGGAUAUUCGGUAUUACCUCAUCGGAACCGUUGAUGAACGUGUUUCUGAGUUAUUGGACAAAGGAGGAGGGAAAGAAGAGACAUAUCUGACCACUUUUGUGACUCAUGUGAUCUCUGAUGAAACGGAUCAUGAUGAGAUCAGCGAAGCAAAGGAGAUUUUUGAUCUGCCUGUUGUCACGUCAAAGUGGGUGUUCAUGUCUAUUAAAUGUAGAUGUCUGCUUCCAUUUGCUGCCUUUGUUCCCGAAUCAACUCAGAUAUUCAGUGGUGUUGUAGCAUGUCCAUCGCAAAUUGCUGAUGAAGAUCGUGAUAAACUAUGGGCUAUGAUCACUUUCUUUGGUGGUAAAUGUCAGCUGAAUUUAACCGCACAAUGCACACAUCUCAUAGUACCGACUGCUGAAGGUACAAAGUAUGACACUGCUAUGCAACAUGGAGAGAAAAUAAAAAUUGUGAUGCCAGACUGGGUGUCUGACAGUAUAAACAACAAAGGAAAGCAGGAUGAAAAAAAGUAUCAUCCCAUGUUGAUAGUUCCACCUAAACCACCAACUCCAGAACCAGAACCAGAACCAGAACCGGAACCUGAACCUAUACAGGAACCAGAGCCGAUACCAAUUCCAAUACCUAUACCAGUACCAAAGCAACUACCAGUCCCUGAAAAACCUAGAACAAUUGAAUCUAUGAGUAUGUUGUCGCAGCCACCUCCUGGAGUUCCAGUUCCCAAUCCAAACAUUAUGAAUAAUAUUCCAAUGCGCUUUCAGAUGCAGACUGGUAAUCAGUUUCAGUUUUUAAUGCAACAGCAACAAAUGCAGCAGAUACAGAUGCGUCCGCGGGGUAGAGGUCAGCCAAAACAGCCAAGACAGAGACGACCACGGGGUAAAACACAGCAGCAGCUGCAGCAACAACAACUUCAACAGCAGCAGCAACAACAGCUGCAACAUCAGAUGCAAUUGCAACAGGAACGUAUGCACCAACAGGGAAUGCGAGAAACUGGUGAAAUGGGGCCAGGGCCAUUCGGGCAUCUUCAAACGAAUGCCAUGGAUAUGCCUGAAAUGAGGACUUUAAGGAAUAUUACAAACAAUGCGCAAAUGUCGCAAAUGAUGAUGAAGUCACCGCCUGGUCAAGAAAGGCGUGAUAUGUCUCAGGUAUUAGCAGCCCUCGGGCGUGCCUCAGCUCAGCAACAGCAGCAGCAGCAACAACAACAACAACAACAACAACAACAGAGGUACCCAGUGCCAGGUCAGUCAGGACAUUCACGAAUGGAUGGUGGGUUUUCAGCCCCACAUCCGCCAAUGGUACAUCAGCCACCACAGCAAGUACAGUAUUAUGGACAUGACGUCUCACAGAAUGUUCCCUCAGAUUGUUUCCUGCUUGGUUGUGUAUUCUUGAUCAUAGAGUAUCAGGGGAUUAUUGAUCCAAUUAUGGUUGAAACAUGGAAAAGGGUGAUCGUCAAAUUCAGUGGAGUUGUAGAUGAAUGCUACUCAGAAAGAAUCACACAUGUGGUGUGUGAUACACAGAAAACUGACGUCUUUAAGCUGGCAGUGAAAGAUGGUAAACGAGUAGUGACCGGACACUGGUUGAAUGACUGUGUGGCUGAAAAAAAGAUGUCCCCACCAUGGAGGGCGCUACAUCUUCCAACUGUAUACCCAGUACAUCCUUCUCCAUCUAAAGAUCAUGUCAUGGCGGUUACUGGGUUUGAAGGUAGAGAGAGGAAUGACAUUAAGAUUCUCAUAGAAAUAAUAGGUGCACGAUACACUGGAAAUUUUACCAAAGGCAAUACCGUACUCGUUUGUAAUCGACUUGAAGGUGCGAAGUAUGAGAAGGCCAAAGAAUGGAGAACAAACAUCGUCAAUGCCCAGUGGCUGAGUGACAUAGCGCUGGGAUAUAUUGAUGCUCUACGCAACAUGGGAGUGCCCCGGUUUCAAAUGUAUGACCAAGAUGAACCACUCAAACUUGAUUACUUUUUCAAUAAUCCUCUCAUGGGUCCUUGGACAUCACCACUGAAGAUAUCACAAGCUGCACUGAAGAAUUUCAAACCAAGUACAAAUUUAAAAGGAUCAGAUGAUAUCAGAAGUGCCAACAACGCAAAUCAUGAAAUGAAUGGAAGUGGUAGAAAUGCCGUUGAUGAGAUUGAAAACCCUGCUAAGAGAUCACGAUUAAAUGGCAAAGAAGAUGGAUCUCCAGUCUGUGAACCGAGAGUGCUUUUUACUGGUAUAGAUGUUGUAGGUGUUGAGAAUCUUACGCAGAAAUUAAAAGAACUUGGAGGGCAGAUUUCUCCCAAUAUUAAAAAUUGUACCCAUCUUGUAUCAAAAGGGAUAACACGAACAACAAAAUUUCUAGCUGGUGUAUCAGUCUGUAAGCACAUUGUAUCUACUGCUUGGAUUGAGAAGAGUUAUGAACACAAGUCUCUGAUUGAUGAGAGGGACUUUGCAUUGAUUGAUAAUGAAGUUGAAGAACAGUUUUCCUUUAAGUUGUCUGAAUCGUUGCUGAGAUCUGCUCAAAUUAAAGUCUUUCAAGGAAUGACGUUGUAUGUAACGCCUGGUGUACAGCCGACUGCAGAUCAAGUACGAGACAUUGUAGAGUGCGGGGGUGGUAUCUUGCUGGAUAAGAAACCGUCUUUAAGAUCUGUCGCUAACAUGAAGGAUACUAAUGGAAGACCUUUAUUUGUUGUGAUAUCAUGCGAUUCUGACAUACCCCUGUGUCGAGACUUCAUCAGGAAUAACGUCGAUGUCCACAGUGCUGAGUUUAUAUUGACUGGCGCCCUCACACAGAGAUUAGACUAUUUGUCAUAUCCUUUAUUAUUAAAUGCUGUAAUAUACUAA